UGUUUUGUUUUAUUUUUGUAAACUGUCAUCAGUUGCGUGAGAGCUCUCUUGUGUGUCGUACGUUAGGGGUUUUUUGUUUGUUUUUUAGUUCUUUUGAUUUUUUUAUUUUGAAGUGACGUUAUUGUUUCAUGUUAUGAGUCUGUUAGAAUUAGCUCGUUCGUUGGGCAUUGUAGAGACAAUCAAAUUGGAUGCGGGAGCUUUGACAAAUUCGAAACAAAAUUUUAAAUAUUUGAUUGUUGUGGACUUUGAAGCGACAUGCUGGGACAAAGGAGAAGCGAAAUGGAGACAGCCCGAAAUAAUCGAAUUCCCUGCCGUCUUGGUCGACCUGUAUGACCAGAAAAUAUUGUCCGAAUUCCAUCAGUACAUCGUGCCGAUUGAAUCACCCACAUUGAGCGAAUUUUGUGUUAAUUUCACUGGAAUCACUCAAGAAACCAUCACCAACGAUGCAGUACCGCUGCAAACUGGAUUACUAAAGUUCAAUCAAUGGCUUACCGAAUCGAUUGAGAAAUACGAACUUGCCCUACCGAAAGUGGGUGAUGAACACAGCGCUACCUGUGCAUUUGUCACAUGGUCGGAUUGGGAUUUCGGUGUGUGUCUGCGGAAAGAAUGUGACAGAAAGGGCAUAAAGAAGUCGCAUCACUUUGAUCGGUGGGUGGAUCUGAAAGCAACGUUCAAGGACUGGUACAAGUACCGACCGAAGAAUUUCGCUGAUGCAAUGAAAUUUGUUGGAAUGAUUUUCAAGGGUCGCGAACACUCUGGAAUCGAUGAUGCUAGGAAUAUAGCUCGAUUGGCUUGUCGACUGGUUCGUGACGGUGCUCCGAUCUCAAUUACAACCGAUUUAUCACUGCCGCCGACUAACAAAGAACCGGCGAAAAGAAAUGGUCUGAAUUCUGUGAUAACAAAUACUUAGGUUUCGAAUGCAAUAAAACGUAAGACGAAGA